AUGAGCUUUCUCCAGGCCCUGUCCGGCCUCGUUGGCUGGAUCUACACCUUUUGCUGGAGCGCAUCGUUUUACCCCCAGCUACUACUCAAUCUUGGCAACAAGAGCACCGCGGGCACCACCGUCGACUUUCCCUUCAUCAACUCGUUAGGAUUCCUUGCUUAUUUCGCCUCCAACACUGCCUUCUACUACUCCCCCGCCAUCCGCAAGCAGUACGCCGCCAGACACAACCGUCUCACCCCGACCGUCCAGUUCAACGACAUCGCCUUUGCGCUGCACGCCUCCGUCGUCUCUUGCAUCACCCUGUCGCAGUACCUCUUGCGGCCUCUCUGGGGCUUCUCCCAGACCCCCGCCCACCGCCCCAGUCGCUUCAUCCUCGGUGUCGCCGCAGGGUGCGUUGCCGGCCUUGUUGCCACCUACUUGAUGGUCGCGUCCGCUGCCGCCAAGGGCCACAUUGACCCGGCCGAGGACUGGUGCGAGCUGGAUGUCGUCUACGCGCUGGGCUACGUGAAGCUCAUCAUCACGCUCGUCAAGUUCACGCCGCAGAUCCUCGUCAACUAUCGCAACAAAAGCACAAAGGGCUGGAGCAUAUGGCAAAUCACGUUGGAUUUUGCCGGCGGCGUCCUAAGCGUGGCCCAGCAGGCCAUCGACAGUUAUCUGCAGCAUGACUGGAGCGGUCUCACGGGCAAUCCGGUCAAGUUCGCCCUGGGCAACGUUAGCAUGGUGUAUGACUGCGUCUUUUUUGCCCAGCAUUACGUUCUGUACAGCGGGUCUCAUGCUACACGCGGGAGCUUGGAGGAAGACUCUCUGCUGGUGGAUGAGGACGAACGGCAGGGACGGGUAGACUAG